AUGAUUGCCCGCUCACUGACAGACAGCCAAGGGAAAAGUGUCAUUAAGAUCCCCAAGAAGUUUCUUCAAAGUGAUGCUGGAGAUGGAACUAGGGCAUCGCAACAAUAUCUUCAUGGCUACCAGUUGGUGCUUACGCUAGCGAGUUUAGUCACCACAUUGUUCAUUCUGGCUCUAGAUCAGACUAUUGUUCUGACAUUGUUGACGGAUGUCAGUAGCGACUUUGGCUCGUUUACUAAAGUGGGCUGGUUGACAUCUGGAUUCAUGCUUCCUAUGGCAUGUUUGGCCCCUUCGUAUGGAAAAGUGUCCAUUGCAUUUGGAAGAAAGAACACAUUGGCUGCAGCCAUUAUCAUUUUUGAGAUUGGCUCUCUUAUUGCUGCAUUGGCCCAGAACAUGGACAUGCUCAUAGGAGGAAGAGUCAUUCAAGGUAUAGGUGGAGGAGCCAUUCAAGCUAUGGUGAUUGUGAUUAUCUCAGAAUCUGUUCCAAUCCACAAGAGACCACUUGCAAUGGCACUCAUUGGCAUAACAUUUUCAGUAGCCUCUGUUUGUGGACCUUUCAUUGGAGGAGCCUUCACUACACAUGUCACCUGGAGAUGGUGUUUCUACAUUAAUUUGCCCAUCGGAGCACUCGCACUAAUCAUGCUUCUUAUUGCACUUCAUCCUCCUCCUCCGGAGGGAAGUGUGCGGGAGAAAUUGGCCAAGAUUGAUUUUCUUGGUACAUUUCUUAUUACAGCCGGCUUGGUUUUGGUGCUCUUGGCUCUUACUUUUGGAGGAAACGAGUACGCAUGGAAUUCAGCUGCUGUCAUUGUCCUUUUUGUAUUGGGGGGUGUAGUGUUAGUUCUCUUCAUGGGUUGGAACUUCAUGUUGUCUAAGAAUCCGCUCAUAGAUGGUAGAGUUGUUGCUGUACCUCAAAUUAUGGCUGCUUGUCUCUCUGCCUGCUUCUCAUUCAUGUUCUUCAUGGGUCUCAUGAACUACUUAGCUAUUUACUUCCAGGUCAUUCACCGUGCUUCCGCCUGGCAGUCUGGUGUUGACUUGUUACCAUUUGUCAUCACCGUUUCUUUGACCGCCACAUUCAACGGCAUUUUCAUGAGAUUUACUCGUUUCAUUAAGUUGACCAUGAUGACUUCGGCAAUUCUUGGCCCAGUCGGAGUGGGAUUGCUCCUUUUGCUUGGUCGCCAUACUAGCACGUCUACAAAGAUUGGUGUGUUGAUCCCGGCUGGUGUAAGUGUUGGCUUCCAAUUCCAAAGCACUCUUUUGGCUGCUCAAGUGAAGGCUCCGGGCCAUAUUGAAGGCUCCAUGAUAAUGGUCACUGUGUUCUUGAACUUCUGCAAGUCACUCGGUGGCGUUGUGGGUGUGGUGGCUUGUCAGGUUUUACUUUUGGCAAGAGGUCAAAUUUACAUUGAUGAAGCCCUCAGGUCUUCUGGUAAUCAGCAAUCCUUCUCGUCCCUGACCAAGAAGGCGUUAUUACAGGCUCCCCAGGCGAUCUGGAAUUUACCUGAGGAUGCCAGGAACGCUACUUUGGAUGCAUACAUGAAAGCAUUAAGGGAUGUUUUCUAUCUCAACCUUGCAUUUGCUGUGGUGGCACUCGUAUUUGCAUUGUUCACAACCAACGAGAAGAUCCCAAAGAAAAGUCAACUACAGCAUAGCGAUGACAAACCCGAAGAAAAGGAGGGUCCGGAUUUGAACUCUCUGACCUCGGACGUUUAG